GGCCACCUUGUCAUCCCCAGGUCCAAGUGCCAUAGCUUCAGCGGCAGGGGGCUUAAACAGGUUGGUAGUAGGCUCUGGAACUCCCUUCCUCCUCCAUCACCGUCUUUCAGUCCCUCAUAAAGACCCACCUCCAUGACAAGGCAAGGCCUAGCCUUGGGUCUGAAUAGUUAUGGUAAAUGUCAUUGUUUGGGAAAAGCAUUGGAGUGGAUUGGAUUAAUUUGUCACGAUGGUAGCACAUAUUACAGUGAUAAACUGAAAAACAAGUUCAGUAUCUUCAGAAACACUUCCAGCAAGCACAGUAACUUUAACAGGACAAGGUCUGCAGACUGAAGACACAGCUGUGUAAUAUUGUGCUCGAUGAACCACAAGUGAUACAAACCACACCAGACCUGUACUAAAACUUAAUAUGCAUGAGAAGCAAGCACAAGUGAAACAUACAGUGCAUUCGGAAAGUAUUCAGGCCCCUUUACUUUUUCCACAUUGGUGUUACAUUAAAGCCUUAUUCUAAAAUGGAUUAAAUACAAAACAUUCAUCAGCAAUCUACACACAAUACCACAUAAUGACAAAGCGAAAACAGGUGUUUAGAAAAUGUUUGCACAUUUAUUAAACAGAAAUAUCUAAGUAUUCAAAUCCUUCGCUAUGAGACUCGAAAUUGAGCUCAGGUGCAUCCUGUUUCUAUUGAUCAUCCUUGAGAUGUUUUCUACAACUUGACUGGAGUCCACCUGUGGUAAUUCCAUUGAUAGGACAUGAUAUGGAAAGGCACACACCUUGUCUAUAUAAGGUCCCAUAGUUUGACAGUGCCUGUCAGAGCAAAAGCAAAAACCAAGCCAUGAGGUCGAACAAAAUUGUCCGUAGACCUCCGAGACAGGAUUGUGUCGAGGCAAAUUUCUGCAGCAUUGAAGGUCACCAAGAACACAGAGGCCUCCAUCAUUCUUAAAUGGAAGAUGUUUGGAACCACCAAGACUCUUCCUAGAGCUGAACGCCUGGCCAAACUGAGCAAUCAGGGGAGAGGGCCUUGGUCAUGGAGGUUGACCAAGAACCCGAUGGUCACUCUUGACAGAGCUCUAGAGUUCCUCUGUGGAGAUGGGGAGAACCCUUCCAGAAGGACAACCAUCUCUGGCAGCACUCCACCAAUCCGGCCUUUAUGGUAGAGUCCCACUCCUCAAGCAAAAGGCACAUGACAGCCAGCUUGGAGUUUUGCAAAAAGGCACCUAAAGACACUCAGACCAUGAUAAAAUCAAGAUUGAAUUAUUUGGCCUGAAAUGCCAACUGGUCACGACUGGAGGAAACCUGGCACCAUCCCUACGGUGAAGCAUGGUGGUGACAGCAUUAAUGCUGUGGGGAUGUUUUUUCAGCAGCGGCAGGGGACUGGGGGCGACUAGUCAGGAUAAAGGCAAAGAUUAACGAAGCAAAGUACGGAGAGGGGCGUUGAUAAAAACCUCUCCAGAGUGCUCAGGACCUCAGACUGGGGCUAAAAGUUUACCUUCCAACAGGACAACGACCCUAUGCACACAGCCAAGACAACGUAGGAGUGGCUUCGGGACAAAGUCUCUGAAUGUCCUUGAGUGGCCCAGCCAGAGGCCGAUCGAACAUCUCUGGAGAGACCUGAAAAAUAGAUGUGCAGCAUCGCUCCCCAUCCAACUUGACAGAGCUUGAGAUGAUCUGCAGAGAAGAAUGGGAGAAACUCCCCAAAUACAGGUGUGCCAAGCUUGUAGCGUCAUACCCAAGUCUCAAUGCUGUAAUCACUGCCAAAGGUGCUUCAACAAAGUACUGAGUAAAGGGUCUGAAGAGUUAUGGUAAAUGUCAUGAUAUUUCCAGUUGUUAUUUUAUUUAUAAAAUUUGCAAAAAAAUUCUUAAAAGCUGUUUUUGCUUUGUCAUUAUGGGGGUAUUGUGUGUAGAUUGAUGAUGGGGGGGGGGGGGGGGGGACGGGACAUUUAAAUAUACAUUUAGAAUAAGCUGUAACGUAACAAAAUGUGGAUUGGGUAAAUGGGUCUGAAUACUUUCCCAAGGCACUGUAUGGCCCUCAUUGGAUUCCAAUAGAAUAUAACCAUAUCAAUCGAAGAACUGCCCUAUAAAAAUACAACUUCUUAUUGAUACAUUGGCACAAUAAGUGAGUAUGUCACUAUAACAUGUCAAACUUAAUUCUUCAAACAAACAUUUCUCAACAGUGGCCAGAUAUGUAGUAUAUAGACCAUUAAAGCUAAGGGGAAAGACAUUUAACACACAUGAAGAAAUGCUAAUGUUGUGUCUGUUCAAUCGUUAUACCCAAGGUGGUCCUCCUCCCAUUUCAGUAGUCGGAUAUAAGAACUGCGCUCCCACAGACCAUCUACCUCAUCACGACAAGUAGUCCCAGUCUAUGUGCCUCCUUUUUCAGAAUUCUAGAACCGUCCCACCAAUGAGAGUUCUAGAUGUCUGUUCCUCCUGGCUCUCAUCUCAGGUGGGGUUACUGGAGUUAUUUCUGUCCAGUGUAGAAGACCGAGAGGACUGUGCUACUUGGCUGGGGGGUCACAUUCACUCUAAACUCUCAAGGGGUAGUCACCGCACCUCCUCUGAGCCAGUGGUGAAGAGACCUUGAGAGUCAGUAACACUGGUCCUGUACGUGUCCUGGUUUCUCUAUGGGUAGCUACAACAGACAUGCACUGGAUCCUUCAGAACACCGGGAAAGGACUGAGUGGAUUGAUAGCAUGACAACUAGUAAUAUAUUUGCUCAGUCCCUGUCCAGGGCCAGUUUCAACCAUCACCAAAUACCAGCUCCAAAAACAAGCUGUACUUAGAUUGGGGAAAGCUUGAGAAAUGCGACUCCGUUUUUUUUUUGUUCCAAACCCAAUGACCGGACUGCAGCACCGUACAAAAGUUUAGGCACUUUUUUAAAUUUUGACAAUUUGAAAAUCCCCAACCCUUUUCGACAUCAAUCCCCCGGCCCCCCCAACACUAGGAAGAUAGACAUAAACAUACUUUAAAUAAACCCCCAAAAUCCACUGAACAAAAAAAAUUUUUUCCACCUGACAGGUGGGAUAUCAAGAACUGAUUAAACCAGAAAAUUACCGUGCACCUUUGCUGGGGACAAUAAAAGGCCCUUCAAAAAAUUUCAAUUUUGGCACACAAUACAAUGCCACAGAGUAAAGUAUUUUGGGAGCUGCAAUUUGGGAAGUACUGCAGGAAUUCCCCCAGAGUGUUUCUAGAUAAAUUUUUUUUUCAUUUCUCUCCAUAGCCACCUCCAAGUCGUUUUGGGGGAAUUUGCGGUGUCCAACCACCUCAACCGACCACGUUAUGGGAUUUUGUGGCGAGCGGUUUUGCUGUGUCAAUGUUUGAAACAAAAAAGCCACAUUGUGGGGGUGGGGUUUGGGAUGGUUGGGCAUAAGCUACGGACCAAAAACAUUGCAUUUUUUUUAAAAGAAUUUAGAUGCACAAGAACCAGCGAGAUCCUAAGCCCUUGGAGGGCCCAUUUUUAAAAAUAUCUGUGCCACAGUUGCAUAUCUGUAGAUUAGGGGGCUCAUUUAUUUUCACUAGAUUUUCCUUAUGAAGUAACCCGAAUAAAAAGAAAUUGUGAAAGUUCAUUUUUUUUUUGUUCAGAUACAUGAUAACUUGAAAAUCUUAAAAUUUCCCUGUUAACCCGUUUCGAUUACUGUAUAAUAUCCCUGAAAAUUUAACUGAAAAAACCCUUUCAGCCUUAAAAACAUUGGCAAUAGCAAAAAAAACGCCAAACUGGUGGCCCUGAUCUUUAUGGGUUUCUCAGACACAAAAAGCCUAUCCGGGAAAAAACAUUCUAAAAGAAAGCUCAAUUAAAGUGUUUUUAAAAAUUUAAAAAAGCUUUUUAGUCAAGGCUUAAUCUGGCUGGGAAAAUGGCCCCAAAAUUUUAUUUCCCCCUCAUGGCACACAAAACCCAUUGGGGUUACUAUGCCAUGUCAUACCGUUUUUACUCAAAACAAACCAAAAAAAUUGCCUUUGGUAAGAAUAUGAAGUAAAAUCAAUAAUCCAAAAUAAAAUUGAAUAGUGAGUAAGAUCCCUUUAAAGGGCCCAACAUUUUGAUUUCUAUUUUUGUGACAAUUUCCCAAAAGACAUUUUAUGGGGGGCAGAGUUAGGGGUUUUAACUUCUCUGGGUAUUCUCUACAGACAACGCUACGCGACAGCUGGAUCCGACAGCCUGCAGGGAAACCCAAUGGAAUGGAUUUUUUCAUAUUUGGGGGGUGGUGGUAGUUUUCACCAAAAGGAUGCACUAAAAAACAAGUUCAGCUUUAGAAGAGACACAUCCAGCAGUAUUUCAAUUCUAACAGGACAGAACCUACAGACUGAAGACACAGCUGUGUAUUAUUGUGCUCGACGACCACAGUGAUACAAAUCAGCAUCAGACCUGUACUAAAACCUCUAGUCCCAUGAGUAAAAAAAACUCUCAGAAUGGCUUGUGUACGUUUUGUAUAUACAAUAACUGAAAUGAUGUGCUGCAGUACGAUCCAUGUUCAUUUGUACUGCACUUCUUGGUCCAUCAAACAUACUCAAACAUACUCCAUCAAAUAUCUAAACAAUUAUGUAAUCAUUAUAUAAAAGGAAGACGAUAUUUAGUUAACUUCUUUCUAUAUAAUAGUUUAAGGCUUAUCAACCAUCACCUCCCGAAUGGCGCAGUGGUCUAAUGCACUGCAUCGCAGUGCUAGCUGUGCCACUAGGCAAUGAUCCUGGUUUGAAUCCAGGCUCUGUCGUAGCUGGCUGCGACCGGGAGACCCAUGGGGCGGCGCACAAUUGGCCCAGGGUAGGGGAGGGAAUGGCCAGCAGGGAUCUAGUUCAGUUGGUAGAGCAUGGCAUUUGCAACGCCAGGGUUAUAGUAAUAGUAAUAGACAAUAGUAAUAGUAAUAGUAGUCCAGAACAGACUCUGGGAAACGCACAGAACUACAUAGAGCCAUGACUACAUGGAACGCUAUCCCACAUCAAGUAACUCAUGCAAGCAGUAAAAUCAGAUAAAAACCCCCAGAUAAAACUACACUUUAUGGAACAACAUUGACUGUGAAGAGACGCAAACACACACAAAUACUCACACAAACGCUUGCACACACACUCUACACACGCACAUUGUAAUAUUGUUGUAUGGUGGUAUAAUACAUGUUGUGUUGUAGAUAUGUAGUGAUGUACUGAUGUUAUAUGAUGUACUGCUUUAUUUUAUUUUUUGGUUUGUUAAUUGUGUUUGUUAAGUAGUGCCUUAAUGUGUCUGGACCCCAGGAAGAGUAGCUGCUGCCUUGGCAGACGCUAAUGGAGAUCCAUAAAUCCAUAAUAAAUCCAAAUACAAACAUAAACCAUGUUCCGUGCAUCUCUGCUGCUGCUGCCGACAGCUGCAUCCUGUGAUUCUCUCUCCAUUUGGGGGGAUAAAAAUACACAAAUAAAUAAAGUAUUAUUAUUUCAAAAGCCCAGCUAAUUAGUAAUGCUGAGUUACUCUUUUCACCACAGCUGGCCACCUUGUCAUCCCCAGGUCCAAGUGCCAUAGCUUCAGCGGCAGGGCCUUAAACAGGGUUGGUAGUAGGCUCUGGAACUCCCUUCCUCCAUCACCGUCUUUCAGUCCCUCA